AUGUCUGGCAUAGCACGAAAUUCAUACAAGCUGUUUGUUGGUAAUCUACCAUGGACCAUUGGACAAAAAGAAUUACAAUCAUAUUUUUCCAACUUUGGUCAUGUUGCAAAUGCGGCUGUUGUUUUUGAUAAACAGCAAGGAUUCUCAAAGGGGUACGGUUUUGUAUCAUUUAGCAGUCGCGAUGGAUUUAAUAGUGCUUCUAAUAAAAAUACACAUUUCAUCGAAGGACGAGUACUAAAAGUGCAGCCAGCCAACUCUUAAAAAUUAAAAAUCUAUAUUGUAAAAUCUUUAUCAUUAACAACUGAAUUUAUUGGAAAAAUCCUUUAUUAAAAAUAUUUGGAAAAACUUUACAAAAACA